GUAGUUCACUUCCAUCGUUUUAUUGCAUGCAUCUUCUGCAUCUCUCCUUCUUCGUCUUCAUCGUCAUCGUCUUCAUCUUCUUCUUCAUCUUUUUCGUCUCCCUCCCACACGCCUGCUCUACGCACGUGUGCGGGGCGGACGUCCCUACAUAUUCAUUCGUAUCUGGAGCCAGUCUAGUAUGCUGCCUGAUAGCCUGUCGUCGCUCACACCCCAUGGCCGGUCCUCGAGCACCGCAACAUGCGGCGGGAUGGUUGGCUGUCGCUGCAGACCACAUUCGAGAUAGCGGUUUUGGAGUCGACGUCCUCUCGUCUACCUCGAGCAAGCUGUGGCCCUACAUGCUGCCCUUUGCUCUGUACUUCAAGCCCUUGGUGGUCUUGACCGCCUUGACAUGGCUGAUCUGGAGAGCCUACCAAGUCCUGAACAAGCCGCUCGACGAUCUCGCCGGUCUCCUCGGCUUCGACAUCCCCUCUGCCCCAGAAAUUGACCUGGCCGGAGUCAAGGCAGAUGGCGCCAUUGUGCAUUGGUCGCUGCCGGAACCUCCUCUGCGCAUGAACAAGAGCACGCACAAGUUCGAGGUCAUGGUAAAUGGGGACUUGAUCGCCUCCCUGUCCGUCAGGGAGUCGGCCGCCUUGAUCACCGGUCUGCAGCCUGGCUGUUACUACGUCGUACGCAUAUCGCUGGCCAACAACCAGGAUUUCACCUCCAAGAGCCUUCCUCUGCGCUUUCGCACCAAGCAACUGGCUUCCGGCGACUUCUUCACCACAUCACUAGACGACGACAGCGAUUACGAUCUACCACAGGUGCCCAUCCAGGCCGUCCCGUAUCGUGGGUUACACGGCAUCACAUUCGCUCGACCAGACGCCCCACCGCCCAUUACCCGAGAGAAUAGCGGGGCAGGAGGCCCGACCAGAAGCCUCAAAGGCCGAAGGGCUUCGCCUUCUGCACUCGAUCUACAACAGCUGGACCCGCCUGCCGACCAUGUGGAGCCUCCCGAAGGCGCUGAAACUAUCACGCGAUUGACCGAGAGGCUCGAUGAGAUCCGCAGGGAGACGGACGAGGCGGAGAGGCAGGCGCGAGAGGAAGAAGAGGAGGAUUCGAGGCUAAAGGAGGAAUUGAUCAAAGAACGAGACGAGUUGAAGGCAGAGGCGCUGGAGCGAGACAAGGCGAGUCGGAAUCUGAAGAAAGAGGUUAACACAUUGGAGCGGCAGAAUACGAUCGCGCAAAAUGAUAGAACCAAAGCCGAACGCCUUCUACAGCAAAAGAAGCAGGAACGGGUCAAGAUGAAGGAAGACAUGGCUCGAUGGGACCGUGAGACUGCCAACAUGAAGGAGGAAGUGGAGAAUAUUCGGAAGGAGAAAGAGGAGUUUCUGCGGAAGAGCGAGCAGGAAAAGAAAGAGCUGCGUGCAAAGCAGGCGGAACAGGCGGCCGCUCUCAAGCUGCUGGACGAUGAGGUGAAGGAGAAGAGUACCGAGAUCAAGAAGCUGGAGCGCAGCAUGAAGAACAACUCCCCCAACACCACCGAGCAGGAGCCGAACCUGGUCCAGCAACAUCAGCAGGAAAUGGAAGAGCAGAGAGCGUGGGAUCAGCAUAUCCAGCAACUGCAGCAUCAGUAUGCAAUCACUGUGCAGAAGCUCGAAACAUCCAAGCGUAUGCACGCUGAGCAAGCAGCAUAUCUCGAGCAGCUUCGCGCCAAGCGUCGACAGGAGGAGGCAGCCCACCUCUACGCGUCUCCGCCCGCCACUCAGGAGCGACCACUGCGUAGGGGCGAUAGCAAUCGCAGCCGCAGAGGUCAGAGCGGCGUCAGCGCAUCUGAUAGUCCUCGCAUGGCAACCUUUCAACCCACAUCUGCCGCAUUCCCACCAGGCACUGCCGCCACGGCAUCGAUCUUUCCCGGAGCAUCCACCUUCUUCAAUAUCAACAAUGGCAUGACUCUUCAGGGUCCCAGCAAUGGCAUGACCGUGUCAGAGGAGGAACGAGAGCGAUUGACUGGCGGUGCCCUGAUGAGUCCCGGUGCGGGUGCGAAUCUGAUACCUGCAGACCUCUUUGGCGAAGGCGAUAAGACGCUCACGGAGAUGAUUCUCCCUGGCCUGGGUGCCCUUCCUGGCGUACCCGAGCCUGCUUCCACUGUUCCUCCCUCGUCCGCUUCUCAAAACCAUGCCGCAUCCUUUGACCCAGGGCCUGCAUCUCCAGCUUCGGUUGGUAGCGGGCCGACAAGCCUGUUCGCUAGUCCUCGAGCAAGUGCACAGAAUCUGGUUGGCUCACCCGAAGGUGUAGAGCGUGUGAUGGAUUCCGACCGUCGCUCCAUACGCUCCACUCGCUCCAAUCGUGCUAUUAGCGGGACCGGCAGUCGUUUCAGUGGCAUGUUCGGGAUCAAACAGCGAGCCAAGACGAGCGGUGGCGAAGAAGGUCUGGCGCUGAGUAAGUCAAAUUCGAUGCCUCGACAGGAUGGUGGCCUUGCUGGGAUCGAUUCCGAGACGCGCAAGCGGAACAGUAGCAUUUCUGGCUCCAUGCUCAGUGGGCCGUCAUUUGGUGGCGAUGUCGCAUUUGAUACCCCUCCACUCCCCGCAUCCUCGCGGCGCAGUCGAGCCUUUGGGCUGUUUACCAAGUCGAACACUGAUAGCGGAGGAGGAUGGCCCAGCACUUUCACCGGCUUUGGAAGACGGCCUACAUCGCCUCGGCCUGGGUCGACUCACUCCAAUGAGUUGCCACGGCCGUCCUUUGACAGCAGUCGGUGGGGUGGUGAUGGUUGGGGCCCCGGAGAUGUUGGUGGCGGUAACAGAAGCAGCCCACUGGCCUUUGGAACUACCUGGGGGCCGAAUCAGCCACCACAGCCACGCAUAUUUGGCUCCCGUCAUACGUCGCGUCGUCCAUCUGCACAGUACGGCGUCAGCGGUCCUCCCGACGACAUUACCGAGGACGAAGAUGACGAUCGCUUCGACGAUGGCCGUGCUUCCGCCCUAGGACCUAUCGGCAGCAAGCCGCGCACGAAGGCACCCACGGUCGCGGAACCGCACGACGAGGAUGUACCGCGGCUCAACCCGGCCGCCAAAGACUUCAAGUCAUUCUUUUCCAGCAUGAAGCUGAGCAAGUCGAGGGGCGAAGGUUCCUCCAACGCAGGCUCUGCACACAAUACUCCCAACCUCGCUCAGGGGGAAAAUGAAGAAGAAUUCUCGCCGGCCAACAGUCGCAAGUCCCGCGACACUCGCAGCAUUACCACGGCCGAGUCGUCCCUGGCAGAAUCGGGGCGGAACUCCCCUGAUCUCAUCCGCACGUCGUCCUACACGUCCGAGGCGGCACCCUCUCCACUCCUCGGUGGCAGCUCUGUCGCCAGCAGAGAAUCAUUUAUGCAAAAGAUAUCUCGCAAGUCGUCGUCUGGGGGCUUUGGACUUCCCCUCUUUCAGCGUAACAAGUCGAAGCUCGAUACCCACUUGCAGACGACAGAAGACGGACAGCCACAACAGCUACAGCUACAGCUACAGCUACCACAACCACAUGAUGGCACUGGGUCAUUGAGUGCCAGUGUGAGCAGUGUGCGAGACGGUAACAAGGAUGCCGCUGCUGCUGCUGGUAGUGGUGGUGGUACUGGUUCGACUCCUGGUCGCGAGAGCAAAGAGCAAGCGCGGGGAAGUGGUAGGAACUGGAGCAAUGUCUUGAAGCUGGGAGGAGGCAAAGACAGGAGGGGAGAGAAGAAGGGAGGGGGCAAUGAGAGUCCGAGUCUGAGCGGCAUGAGUAUGACGACGGAUGAGGAUCGCGAUGAGCGUGAGAAGGAUGAGGUGUAAUAGGUG